CGCAGAUUUUUUCUGGCAUCGUUAUCUCCUGGCCGCUUCCCGCUUCUUCUUCAUACGUAUGCCGGCGUUCUCAUCUCCAGCCGUUGCCAUCUCCCUUCGUCUUCUCCCUCCGCCUCGCGCUGUCGAGCUUCCUCCAUGCGCAGUGCGCCCAGUCGAGCGGUCCCUGCUGCGCGCCGCGGUCUUCCAGUGUUCCCUCUGCCUGCUCGAGCGCACGCCCAGCGCCCUGGAUUCCUUGGCCUUCGCGCCCUGGUCCUUUGCCCGGAGGUCCCUGUUCCGCUCGGCGCUCUCCCUGCUCGCUCUGGACGCGCAGCUCCCUUCGUCGCGCCCAGGCCGCAUCCAGCUCCAGCUCGCCGAAGUCCCUCCCACGGCCGUCUCCCUCAAGCCGCCGUGAGCUCCAUGGCUGCUGCGUUCCUCUCUGCCGCGCGCCCCUGGAGCUUCUUCGCCUGCGCGCUCCUCUGCGUCGAGCUCCCUGCGCAGCGGCUUCCAUUCCCCGCUGCAACUCCAGCUUCUUCCUUGGGCCGCCGCAUCCCUUGCUUUUCCCUGGUCGGUUCCUGCACAUCUCAGCCAUGGAUGCCGUGGGCUUGUUCCUAAUCACGUUAGGGCUAGCGCGCAGGUCUCCCUCGCCUCCAGCAACCCUGGUCGCUGCAUCAUCCAGCGCCGAGAUCCUUCAUCUCACCCCUCCCAAGACCGAGCUUGCCAAACUCCUCAAUCUUUUUUUUUCUCUCUGUGUAUUGGUUGCGGGCUGGCUGAUGUUCAGAGCUGCAUAUGACACUCCUUAGUUGUUCGAUGAAAUGUCCCAGUUAAGCUU